AUGUUUGAACGCAUCAAUUGUCUGAAAAGUUCAGUUAUAACAACAUUGUCGUUAACACGGCCGGACUUGGCAUUAACAUUCGAUGAAUGGGCCAUUAUUGAAGAAAUUCUUCCCAUCCUUAAGCCAUUUUACCAAAUGACAGUAGAAAUAUCGGCGGAAAAAAGUGUUACGCUUUCAAAAGUUUUGGUUCUAUUCAACAUCUUAGACCGAACUAUUGGCUCAACAACAUCAAAAAAUGGCAACAUAAUCACAAUGCUCUCCUGUCUGCAAAAUGAAUUAUGGACGCGAUUUGGUGAUUAUGAAAAUAAUUACCUUUACGCAGAAAGCGCAAUUUUAGACCCACGGUUCAGGAAAAAAGCAUUCAGUAACAAUGUGUUGUAUGAAAAAUGUACUAGGAAUUUGAGGGAAAAAAUUGCAAAAAAUGAAUCCCUUGGAAUGGUGGCAAGAAAGAAAAAAAUAUAUCCUAGAGUGUAUAUACUUGCAAUGAGACAUUUAUGCAUAUCUGCAACUUCCGUGCCCUGUGAGCGCACUUUUUCUGCAGCUGGGCAAAUCAUAAGUGAUAGACGCACAUUAUAAAAUCUUGGCAAGGUGAAUAAGUUUGUGUUUCUACAUAAUAACAUGUAGAAUAUUCAAAAAUCAAUAUAAAUAUAUAUUUUCCAUAGUGACUAAAGUGUGAAACACAUUUGUUACAAAAAGUACCUUUGAACUAUAUUUCUUUAUAUUUUUAGAAAUAAGUUUUUUGACUGAAAAUUUACCAAACAAAUCAAUAAAAAUAAUUUUUCAAUUUAAAAUUUUUAAAUGUCUUUUAAGUUAUACAACUUUUCUUAUCUGUAAUGGCAGCUGACGUUCUUCAGCUAAAAUAGAUGGGAGAUAUACUUGGGGAACCGCAUUCAUACGAUAAAUUGUUGACUGCAUCAGUAUGAAU